AUGGCCGACGGCGGCAGCGGCGAGCCGGGGGCCGGCGGUGGGUCGGCGCCGGUGUGCACUUUCGUGAGGAAACCACCCAAGAACAUGCGGAAGCGCCCCGCCGCGCCCGCGGGAUCUGAUGACGACGACGACGACGGCGGCAGCGGCGCCCUCGCGGCUGCGCGCUUCAAGAAGGGGCCGCCGUCCUCAACCACUGGCAAGCUCGUUUUCUCCACCGCCGACGCCUCCUCCGAGCCGCGGCGCUUCCAGUACGAGUCGUCCCGGACGAUCCAGUCCACGGACACCCGCGCAACCGCCGUGCUCGAGACGGAGACGGAGUUCGACCGCGAUCCGCGCGCCAUCCGCGAGAGACAGCUCAAGCAGGCCGAGGAGUUCCUCAAGAAGAAUCCCUCCGGUGCCUCCGCCUCCGCUUCCGCUUCCGCCUCCGCCUCCGGGGAGGUGUACAAGGGGAUCCACGGCUACACGGACUACAAGGCUGGGUUCCGGCGGGAGCACACUGUGUCUAGCGAGAAGGCCGGCGGUUCGCACGGCCCGCUCCGGGCGGCCGCGCACAUUCGCGUCUCCCAGCGGUUCGACUACCAGCCCGACAUCUGCAAGGACUACAAGGAGACGGGGUAUUGUGGUUACGGCGAUUCCUGCAAGUUCAUGCACGACCGAGGGGAUUACAAGUCCGGGUGGCAGCUCGAGAAGGAAUAUGAGGAGGCGGAGAAGGCCCGCAAGCGGCGCAUUGCCAUGGGCGGUGGGGAUGGGAGUGAUGAUGAGGCAGCAGAUGAGGACGAGGAUGAUGAGGAGGCGCUGCCCUUUGCCUGCUUCAUUUGCCGGCAGCCAUUCGUUGAUCCAGUGGUCACCAAAUGCAAGCACUACUUUUGUGAACAUUGCGCUUUGAAGCACCACUCGAAGAACAAGAAGUGCUACGUCUGCCUCAAACCGACAGGGGGCAUCUUCAACGCUGCACAGGAGAUCCGCAAGAAGAUGGCACAAGACAAGAAGCAGCAGGAGUAG